AUGAAACAGCUUCGGGUAUCGCUGCUGACGCUGGCUUUGAGGAACGAGGGUCUAAUUGUUCCUGGUUACACUCACUUGCAGCGCGCGCAGCCGAUUGAAGUUGCAUGUAGUUUAUCCUUCAUCAUGUUUGCUACUACCAAAUCCUCCUCUUUGUCUCCUUUGUUCUCUUUCACCAGAACAACCUCUUUCCCUUCCAAACCCAAUUUCUGGAAUUUUGUUCCAGUUCCAAUGAAACAGCCAUCUUCACCGGGGCACUUGGCCUUGAGAACCCUUCACGUGUCUUGUAACUCCAUAUCACAACAUGCUUCCCAGAGAUCACCCAUUCAGGGUGGUGAAGGUUUUUUCAGGGGUGUGUUGGAAAGUAUGCAAUCCGUUUACUUGAACAGAAAUCCUACUGCAAAGGCCAUAUUGGAACUUUGUCACUCUGUUGAGAACAAAUCAUUAUGCUAUGACCAUCUUGCAUUCAGGACAUUUGGGGUGAAUGGUUAUGGAAUUGAUUCGAUGGCUAGUUUUUUUCUGGAUUAUGGCUAUACUCAGCGAGAUGAGUUAAGAUUUCCAGAAAAAAAGUUGAGAGCACUGUGGUUUUCUCCUCCUGCAGAUUCACAGGCUGGCAGUGGGAGUGGCAUUCAUGGACCUUUGCCCAGAAUAUUUAUAUCAGAGCUACUGGUAGAUGAAAUGAGUCCACAAACUCAGGAAAUAAUUAGAAAAUACACUGAAUCAUCUGGGGAUGGAAAAAAGUAUGCAGCACUUGCAAGUUCCCUUGGACAUUUAACAUGGGGAAAGCCCUUAUAUUCAGAGUUUCAACAACUGGCAAGUGAAAGUGAGUAUGCUGCCUGGACCCUAGUGAACGGUUAUGCGCUGAACCAUGUUACAAUAUCCACUCAUCGGCUGAGCACUCAUUUGAAGGACAUAAAAAGACUAAAUCAGUUUAUUGAGGAGAGUGGAUUCAGAUUGAAUUCCGAAGGAGGAUUGCUGAAAGUGAGCCCUGAUGGUCUUCUCCAGCAAAGCUCAACUGUAGCAGAUUCAAUUUCUUUCCAAUUUUCUGAUGGUAUAACCGAAUCAGUCCCAUGCUCAUACAUUGAAUUUGCGGAGCGUCUGGUGCUGCCCCAGUAUAAAAAUUUACCUGACACAGAGGUUAAAGAGUUCCAUAGAAGGGAUGGUUUUGAGGUAGCAAGUGCUGACAAGAUAUUUGAAAGCACAUCCAAGGAGCAGUUGAGCAGAGUAGGCUAA